AGCGCUCUAUAGGGAUCAUUUUGGCAAGAGAAACUGUCCGAGCUAAAAUACGCGUCUGCCUGAGCGUUCCACUGGAAAACCUAAAUCUGGUCAUUUUGACUCAAAAAAGAAAAAAAAAAAAAAGGUUCUCGCAUUUUUUCUUUUAUGACUCUGGCAAAUUAUUCUUAUUUCUCUGGCAUGUGCAACAUGACCGCAGAGCCUUCGCCUGCAGAGGCAAUAAGCCCUGACGUCUUGUCUCCAAACAUGAGCUUGGACUCGCCGCUGCCUGCGAUGCUGCAGGCCCGGCCUAAGGACAGCAUCCUGAUCAAAUCUGAGCCCCAAGGCAGCAGCCCCGGCGCAGAGGACGGAGGCGCGGUGCGCCACGCCGAGGAGCACCUGCCCACCGGCAGCCGGCGGCGGAAAAGGCCGGUCCAGAGGGGGAAACCUCCCUACAGCUACAUCGCUCUCAUCGCCAUGGCCAUCGCUAACUCCCCAGAGAGGAAGCUCACCCUGGGGGGCAUUUAUAAAUUCAUCAUGGAGCGAUUUCCUUUCUACAGGGAGAACUCCAAAAAGUGGCAGAACUCCAUCCGCCACAACCUGACCCUUAACGACUGCUUUGUGAAGAUCCCCAGGGAGCCCGGCAGGCCGGGGAAGGGCAACUACUGGACUUUGGACCCUGCAGCAGAGGACAUGUUUGAUAACGGCAGCUUUUUGAGGAGGAGGAAAAGGUUCAAGCGCACAGAUGUAAGCACCUAUCCUGGUUACAUGCAGAGCUCCAGCGCGUUUACCCCGACCCCCAUGGGGAGGCCCACUUACCCCAACACGCUGUAUGCAGGGAUCGGCUCAGGGUAUGGAUCCCAGCUCACUGCCACAUCCCCGCAUCCAGCGAUGAUGCAUCACUACCAGACCCCCCCGGGAGUCGGACAGGGACAGUCGCGCAUGUUCAGCAUCGAUAACAUAAUCAGCCAGCAGAGCGUUGCGCAGGGCGGUCCGGGCGCGGAGCUCAGCACCCAGGCGCUGGGUCUGAGCUGCGGGGACCUGGGGGCCAUGACCUCCAGCUGCUCAGUAAUCAGCACCGAUCCGUCUGCGUGCUUUCAGGCCCAGACUGUGAACCCUGGAGCAAACAUGCUGGGCAGAAACCCCUCCAACCUUCCUGCAGGGUAUCCUUAUUCCUCAGCAUCCCCUCCGAACCUGCCCUCCAUGAGCCAGCCCGGCUUCUCUCCCGGAGGCUCUCAGGUGUACUGUUCAGGUAACAGGCUGUCCCUGCCUCCACUGCGCCAUGGAUCCUGCGCUGAUCACACAGAGCAGCUCCUGGGCCUUCCAAACCCCAUGAACUCCAACAACAGCUACAUGAGACAGGGCAACUUCACCACAGGAUUAGAGAGGUAUAUGUGAGAUAAGGUCUUCUAAGAUAAAAAGGACAUUUGCAGCAUCAUAAUGGAAUGAAUGCAUGAAACAAGCAUUCAUGCAAAAAGGAUGUAAAGCCAUUUAUAUCCGUUUGAAGCAUUCAAUCUUUAUUUUUUAAAGUUGUUUCCAACUUUUUUCAUAAUUGCUGUUUCUAUUUACAUGUUUUGUGAUGUUUGGUUUGCAUAUAGUUUAAUGUAGCUUAAUAUGUUACAAGUAUGAUAUUGCUCACCACCAU